AUGGAGAGCACUGGACGCAGCAUGGCGCUCCCAGGUAUCAAGCAUAAGGUCAUUGGCCUCGUGUCUGGUGGCAAGGACUCGUGCUUCAACCUCAUGCACGCCGUCGCCAACGGGCACGAUAUCGUUGCGCUCGCCACUCUCACGCCGGGGGAGGGAAUCGACGAGCUCGACUCACACAUGUACCAGUCCGUCGGGACGGCACUGCCACCUCUCAUCGCACAGGCUAUGGGGCUGCCGCAUUACUCGGGCGUUAUCCGCGGCAAGCCUGUCGAGCAGGGGAUGGAGUACGGCUCACGCGAGCGCGGCGGGGAGGGAUCGGGGCAGGAGGGGGACGAGACUGAGGACUUGACCGCGCUGCUGCGCACUGUGAUGACCGCACACCCGGAGGCUACAGCUGUGUCGUCUGGCGCAAUCCUGUCCAAUUACCAGCGCCUGCGGAUCGAGCACGUGUGUCAACGCCUGGGAUUGACCUCGUUGUCAUACCUCUGGCAAAGCGAGCAGCUGCCUCUUGUCACGAAGAUGACCACUUCCGGACUAGACGCGAUCCUCGUCAAGGUCGCAGGCAUCGGGUUGCGGGAGCAGCACGUCGGCAUGUCUCUCGCUCAGCUCAUUCCCUACCUCACGCGCUUACAAAUGCAGUACGGCGCGCACCCAGCUGGGGAGGGCGGCGAGUACGAGACGCUCACGCUCGACACGCCGCUGUUCUCGCAUCGCAUCCGCAUCGUCGAAUCCGAGGUCGUCGUCUCUGAUCCCGAGCCCAACCUCGUCGCGUACCUGCGCGUGAGGAAGGCGGAGCUCGAUCCCAAGGAAGGUUGGGUGCAGCCGUCUGUUGCGACACUGCGAGGGCUCUUGGGUCUCGACGAGGACGAGGAGGCUGGUGCAGAGGGCCUCGACGAGCAGGGACUGGAAGUCUUUGAUCGUGUCAAGGACAUGCAGGUCGAUAACCGGAGAGACAUCGACCCCGAGGAGAUCGACUCGCACGAGAACAGCAUGGAGAUACCUGCGCUCGAUGUCGACGUCGACACGCCGGUCGGGACACAGACGAGCUCGAAUGGAGAUAGCAUCAAAGUGGACGGCGACAGUGAUUCUGACGAAAUGAGACGACCGACUAGAGGCCUGCGACCCAUGACCUCGACGAUGCGCAAGAUGCAGGGGGCAAAGGGGCCGCGGAAGGGCCCACAGCAGCCCUCGAGCCCGCCAGCGGAUGACGAGGAAUCCGACGAGCACACGCCCGCAUUCUCACUAGCCCCGCCGCCGUCAUUAGUCGCGGCCGCGAAGGCUGCGAAACAGGAGGAGGAGAGCCCUUACGCUGUGCGUUUCGUGCAGCGCGGGCGGUGGUUCGUCGCGUCGGCAGGCGGACAGGACGAGGGCGACGUCGCAGCCGAGCUCCGCGCCGCGUUGGACAGUGUGAAAUCCCGACUCGAGGCUAAGGGUCUCUCGCUGCCUGUCCACGCAGCGCACGUCACGCUCAUCCUCAACUCCAUGUCCGACUUUGCGGCCGCGAACGCCGCGUACAUCCAAUACUUUGGCACGUCGCCGCCCUCGCGUGCCUGCAUCAGCGUCCCAUUGGGAGUGCAGCACAUCCGCGUCGAGGUCGUUGGCUUCGACGGGCGGCCGCAGUUUGGCCGGCCCAUCGGCAACCGUACAGCACUGCACGUCCAGGGCCAGAGCUACUGGGCGCCAGCCAACAUCGGGCCGUACUCGCAGGCUGUGACUGUGGACGCACGCGUGCAUGUCGCGGGCCAGAUUGCUCUCCAACCGGCAUCACUCACGCUGGCACCGUACCCGGCAGAGACGAGCCCGUACGGGCACCAGGCCGCGUUAGCGCUGCAGCACGUGCGCCAUAUCGUUGAAGUGCUGCGUUCCCCCACCUCGAGCGGCGGGGGGUGGUAUGGAUGGAUCGAGAGCUGCGUUGCAUGGUGGGCGCGGCCUAAGGGAUGUGGGGCGGAAGGGCCGGACGUCUCGCGCGCAGCGUGGCGUGCAUGGGCUGAAGAGAACGGCGCAGUCAAGGCGCCCGUGCUCUUUGCGCGUGCGGCUGAACUUCCGCGCGGCGCGCUCGUCGAGUACCAGGUCAACGUGCACACCGGCCGGCCGAGCUACAAUUCGAAACCUGUGGACGACGACGACAGCGAGGAGGAGGAGGAGGAGGUCGAGUACAAGUCGGGUGUCAUGUUCCCCGGGACGUACCGCGAGCAGGUGGUUGGGCGUGGUGGGUCACGUGGGGCACGCACGGUGGUCUUCUUUGAAACCGCCCUCGCCCUCAGCAUGCCGUAUCUUAUCAACCACCUGCUAAGCCUCGGAGACGAGAGCACUCCCCUCGCGCUGCGCGUGUACCACCGCGGUGAGCUGCCCGACGGCGUCGCCAAGGUUGCGGGCACGCUGCGUGCGGCGUGGACCGCCAUCCCCGUGCUCGACGUGCAGGACCGCAAUGGGGUGUCGUACCCACUCGCUUUUGAUGUGUUUUCGGUCUAG